UUCACAACUGAGCGCGACUCAGCGUUUCUGUUUAAAUCGGCCGGCCGGUAAAAAUUUCCAGUGAGUAGCGUGACCGGCCGCGGUGUGCGUUAACGUGCUGUUUAUAAUUAGUUAACACUUUUAAAAAAGAUUAUUCAAAAUGAAGGGCGACAAAAAUGUAGACAUUCAGGCGCUGAAGGAUAUGGCCAACAAGCUUAGAAUCGACAGUAUCGUCGCAACAAAUGCUUCCAAAUCAGGACAUCCGACAUCAUGUGCGUCGAUGGCAGAGAUAAUGUCUGUGUUGUUCUUCCACACCAUGCGCUACAAGGUCUCCGCGCCCCGCGACCCCUCCGCUGACCGAUUCAUACUCUCAAAGGGUCACGCUGCGCCUAUUCUGUACGCGGCGUGGGCGGAGGCGGGACUGUUCCCGGUGUCGGAGCUCUCCAACCUGCGCAAGCUGGACUCCGACCUGGAGGGGCACCCCACGCCGCGCCUCAGCUUCGUGGACGUGGGCACCGGCUCGCUGGGCCAGGGCCUCGCCGUCGCCGCCGGCAUGGCUUACGUCGGCAAGUACUUCGACCAGGCGCCCUACAGGGUGUACUGCCUGGUGGGCGACGGGGAGGCGGCGGAGGGCAGCGUGUGGGAGUCUCUGCACUUCGCCUCCCACUACAAGCUGGACAACCUGGUCGUCAUCUUCGACGUCAACCGCCUCGGACAGUCCGAGCCCACCUCGCUGCAGCACCAGAUGGAGGUGUACGCGGCGCGGCUGAAGGCGUUCGGUCUGCACACGAUGGUGGUGGACGGGCACGACGUGUCGGAGCUGGUGAAGGCGUUCGACGAGGCGGCGGCGGUCAGCGGCACACCCACGGCCCUGCUCGCCAAGACCUACAAGGGCAGGGGCUUCCCCGGCAUCGAGGACAAGGACAACUGGCACGGCAAGGCCCUCGGCGCAGAGGGGGACAAGAUCAUCAAGCACCUGCAGUCCCAGAUGAAGAGCCAGGCCCCGCAGCUGAAGGCGCGCGCUCCCCUGGCGGAGGCCCCGCGCGUCCACCUGGCGGACGUGUCGCUCUCCGCACCCCCCAACUACAAGAAGGGUGACCUGAUCGCCACCCGCCUCGCGUACGGCACCGCCCUCAAGAAGAUCGCCGACACCAACAUGAGGGUGAUCGCGCUGGACGGCGACACCAAGAACUCCACCUUCAGCGACAAGUUGCGCAACGCAUACCCCGAGAGGUACAUCGAGUGCUUCAUAGCGGAGCAGAACCUGGUGGGUGUGGCGACCGGCGCCGCCUGCCGCGACCGCGUCAUCGCCUUCGCCUCCACCUUCGCCGCCUUCUUCACACGCGCCUUCGACCAGAUCCGCAUGGGCGCCAUCAGCCAGUCCAACAUCAAUCUGGCGGGCUCGCACUGCGGCGUCAGCAUCGGGGAGGACGGACCCUCGCAGAUGGGACUCGAGGACCUCGCCCUCUUCCGCACCAUCCCCACCGCCACCGUCUUCUACCCCUCUGACGCCGUGUCGACUGAGCGCGCGGUGGAGCUGGCGGCCAACACGCGCGGCAUCUGCUACCUGCGCACCUCGCGACCCAACACCCCCGUCAUAUACAACAAUGAUGAAGUCUUCAAGGUGGGUCAGGCGAAGGUGGUGAGGCAGAGCUCCAGCGACCGCGUGCUGCUGAUCGGCGCCGGAGUGACGCUGCACGAGGCCCUCACCGCCGCCACCACGCUGCACCAGCAGGGUGUCGAGGCGCGUGUGCUGGACCCGUUCACAGUGAAGCCGCUGGACAAGGCGGCGGUGUUGCAGCACGCGCGCGCUGUCGGGGGACGCGUCCUCGUGGUGGAGGAUCACUACCAGGCCGGAGGUGUGGGCGAGGCUGUGCUGUCGGCGCUGGCGCUGGAGCGGGACGUGGUGGUGAAGCACCUGUUCGUGUCGGGAGUUCCGCGCUCCGGCCCUCCCGCCGCCCUCCUCGACAUGUUCGCCAUCUCCGCGCCGCACAUCGCCGCCGCCGCCAAGUCCCUGCUCGACGCCUAGCCACCUCCUCUCUCACCCUCCCUCACCCUCCCUCACCUCCUCCCCCAGCGCACUCUCGUCUUCCAUUCAACAUAUCGUGUUGUCAAAACAAAACCUGCCUCGUGACAAUGGAAUGAGUAAUGUCACGUCGAGUGUUAAUCUAUUUGUGAUAAAAUUAACAUCAAUGUUUUGUAAUUCUGCAAACUCUCUUACUAACAAACUUAAUCAGCACGGAAUUGUGUUUUCCUUUAUAUAUAUAUACUGAGAGUUAAUGUUACGUAACAUUUAAAUAUGUAAUUGGUUGAUAAUUGAGUACAUUCCGAGUGCGAGGUCACAUUCCAAAUUAUUUAGCAAAUGACUGAACUGUACUGCACAAGAUACACAACAAUAUUGAGUACAAGAAGAUGUUACUGCAGUGAGCAGAGAUGCUGUGUAAUCUCCGUCGCAUCUCACGUAUGUUGUCGGUUGUAAAUCACAAUCCUAAGAAAAAAGAUGUAUUUAUAUAUUUUUAUAAGAGAAAAGUAUAUUGUAUUUAGGUAAGGAGUGCCUUCAGCGUACACUAAGCACAAACUUUGGAAACAUUUAUAACUUAGCUAAGUAAGGAUAUUUGACUUAGAUUAGUCGGUUGUUGGUACAUUUUGCACAAUUUUGCUGGUUUUUGAUUAUAUUUACACGAAGUUGUCGGAGGGAACAAUAACACUAUGCGAGUGUCGUUCCUCUGCUUCUUGUUUGUAUUUCUCUCUGGAAUCUUUUAUUUUUUGCAUUUAUCACUGUUUUCGUAUACAACUUUGUUUAGUGAUGCUGUUUAUAUUGAAGUUAAACAAUGUUUACUGUUUUGUUUGUGAAGUUGAAUCAAAUACUGUUUAAUUUGUUAAAAAUGUUUAUUGGCACGUUUACAUUCCUCUUUAAUUGCAUUUGUUUCUCUUUGAAAUCACAGAAUCAUUGAGUUUUUUCUUUUUUUUUUAAAUAAAGUUUUAUAAAAUA